UCCUCUCUCAUCAGUUAGUCGUGCGUUUCGUUUUCUAAUGCAUUUUCGAGGACUUUAAACAAUUAAUUAAGCCUGGGUGACGCGAGCAGAAUGGAUUCGGCUGCCUGGCGGAGCCCGGAAAAUGCGCAGCUCCUCAGAUGUACUCGUGUUGCAUGAAGCCUCUCUCUCUCUCUCUCUCUCUCUCUCUCUCUCUCUCUCUCUCUCUCUCUCUCUCUCUCUCUCUCUCUCCAUCGCUCCGUCUCUCUCUGUCCCUCUCUCUCACCAAAGGUGACCGAGGAGCCGCGCACACUGCUCAUUAUUUAACGUCUUCAAAUUGAGCGGCGGCGGGACGACGAGCUCGACGCGGCGGUGACUGCCGGAAUAAGCUGAGAGGGCUGCCGGAGGGGGGGCGGUGGGUCGGUGCUGACAUCCCCGAGGUGCAGCCUGGGAGACUUCUAUGUGCCGCUUCAUGCGCCAGACUCCACUCUUCAGGUGAAGCCUCCACACCUAGCUGUUAUUUAUUUUUUUUAUUUUUUUUCUUUUCCUCACCGCGGCUCAUCCAAAUUCGUCUUGUCUCCUCGCCGCUGACGCUUGGAUGUUGGUAAAACGGUGCGCAUGCGUUGCUCUUGGAAUAAUUUUGCAGCCUAAGUUGCAUCCGUGAGAUCUUGUGUCAAAGUCGUUGGCAGGAUCCGAGUUAGUGAUGUGGAGUACUCUGGACCGCGGAUGCUGGGGGGUCUGCUGCUUGUCCCUGCUGGCGACUGUAGUCUGCGGGGCGCAGAGUGCCAACGAGCCUAGCAACAUGUCAUAUGUGAAAGCCACCGUGGACAAGCUGCUGAAGGGCUAUGACAUCCGUCUGCGGCCUGACUUUGGAGGCGCCCCCGUCGAUGUGGGCAUGAGCAUAGACAUCGCCAGCAUUGACAUGGUGUCUGAAGUCAACAUGGACUACACCAUCACCAUGUACUUCCAGCAGUCCUGGAGAGACAAGCGCCUCUCCUACACUGGCAUCCCUCUCAACCUCACCCUGGACAACCGGGUGGCAGACCAGCUGUGGGUCCCUGACACCUACUUCAUUAAUGACAAGAAGUCCUUCGUCCACGGGGUGACAGUGAAGAACCGGAUGAUCAGACUGCACCCUGAUGGAACCGUGCUCUAUGGUCUCAGGAUCACGACAACAGCUGCCUGCAUGAUGGACCUGCGCAGAUACCCACUGGAUGAACAGAACUGCACCUUGGAGAUUGAGAGCUAUGGAUACACCACUGAUGACAUUGAGUUCUACUGGCAGGGAGGAAGCAACAGAGGCUCAGUCACCGGGGUGGAGAACAUCGAGUUGCCCCAGUUCUCCAUCAUAGACUACCAAACCCUCUCCAAGAAAGCUGUGUUUGCCACAGGUUCUUAUCCACGUCUGUCCCUAAGCUUUAAGCUGAAGAGGAACAUCGGCUAUUUCAUCCUGCAAACAUACAUGCCGUCCACCCUGAUCACCAUCCUGUCCUGGGUCUCUUUCUGGAUCAACUAUGAUGCCUCGGCUGCCAGAGUAGCAUUAGGCAUAACCACGGUGCUGACUAUGACCACCAUCAACACCCACCUUAGAGAGACUCUACCCAAGAUCCCCUAUGUCAAAGCCAUCGACAUUUACCUCAUGGGUUGCUUUGUCUUUGUCUUUCUGGCUUUGCUGGAGUACGCUUUCGUCAACUAUAUCUUUUUUGGUCGGGGACCUCACCUGCAAAAGAAGGUGGCAGAAAAGGCAGCCAAGUCAAAUAAUGAGAAUAAAAGCAGACUGGAGAGCAACAAAGUGCAGGUUGAUGCGCAUGGCAACAUUCUCCUAACCAACCUAACCAGUGAGAUGGGUGGAGCCGACAUGAUGGGUGCUCUCAAUGACCCUCGCGCUACCAUGUUCUCCUAUGAUAGCGCUAGCAUACAAUACCGCAAGCCCAUGACCAGCCGGGACCUGUACGGACGACCGGCCAUCGACCGGCCAAUGGGGCACAAGAAGGGCCGCUUGCGGAGGAGGGCCUCUCAGCUCAAAGUCAAGAUCCCCGACCUCACGGAUGUCAACGCCAUAGACAAGUGGUCCCGUGUCGUUUUCCCAAUCGCAUUCACCUUCUUCAACCUGGUCUACUGGCUUUACUAUGUCCACUAGGAUGGCAGUGGCAGGCCUGUGUGGCUUCACCAUUGCUCCUGAUAUGUUAGAAAAAACUACCUAGGUCUUGUACAGCGAUGGAAAUAGAGGAUCAUUCAGUCGGUUUGUAUAAAUCCUGUUUUGGAAUGAGAAGUACUGGAUGUCUUUUCAAUGUAAAUACAAUUUAAUAUAUAAUAUAUAAAUAUAUAUAUAUAUAAAUCAGAGGUAUACUUUAUUAAAGAUCCUAUCACUUUUGCUGUACUCAUCCAUACAAAAUAGAUAUAGAUAAAUAAUAUGAAAACAAAGACAGUAAAGGUAUGGUACUGUAUGGUAUUUGCCCAAACUUGCCAAAAAGUCUUUGGUGACUCCAACAUUAAGGGCAACGAUCUUUCCUUUGGUCUAUCUUUUGUUUCUUAAUCUUCUUUUAUCUCACUUCUUGCAUGUGAAUGGAACACAACUUUUGUUUGCUUAUAAAGUCAAAAAAACAAGAGAAAAGGAAGCCCAGUGCAAAACAAGUAGAUAACUGAAACAGUUUUUACAUGAACUUUAAAGUUCAUUCGGUGUAUAAACAGAAGAAGUUUGGUUGAAUUCUGUCAUAAUAAGGUAAUUUUUAUUUGGUUUAAGCUCAGUGCUCUGACUGAGGUUGUAUAAUUGUGUUGAACUCCUUUUGCACUGUAAACCAAACUCAUUUUCCUUUCAUUUCUGUACAAAAAAAAGCUUUGCAUGGCUCUAAUGAGCCACUCUGUACUAUAAUCAUUAUACUGUAUGCUUUUGAACAAUCAUUGCAUUUAAGGUAAGUACAGGACCGAUGUUAAUUGGAACUCCACUAAUUUCUGAAUUACAAUGUAGUCAAAUUUGUACGUAUGAUAUUCUCACAAUGUCUGUGAGCAUGUACAAUGUAAUUUUCUUCAAAAGAAAUCAGGUAAAAAAUGACAAAUGAUGUCACCACUUUCAAAAUCAUAUUAAAAACGUCAAGCCCUGAUAAAACACGCUGCUGGUGUUGAAACACCUGGUGUUACAGAUUAUUGAAAGUUUUUUUGGUCAGAUACAUAAAGUUAUACUGUUCAUAACUGUCAGAAUUGCAGACAGCUUCAUCCACCUCAGUGUGGUAAAUUAAGGGGGAACUAUGAAAUCAGUGCUACUCUAAUGUAUUUUCCAGUGCAUUGCCUUUCAGUUUAUUAUCAAGGCUGAUAGUAGUAGUCAGGGUUACAGAUCAGUUGUGAAGACCCAAAUUAUAAUAAUUAAUUAUAAUAAUAAUUAAUAGGAAUAAAUGUAUACAUGUCAAGCUGCAGCUGUGCCCCUUGUAUUGUGAUUAGGGAAAGAUCAUGGUUACAGUAACUCAAAGGUUAUUGUUAAUUGCAUGAAAGCUGAGCACACUACAUGCUCAUAUAUGGGCAUGUUAAAUUUAUAACCUCUAUAAUUUACACCCGACUUCCUGCAUUGACAUUAACUUGAAAUUGAACCUAAGUAUUGACAUGCAAAAUUGUCCAGUUUUUGGUCUAAUUUCCAGGGAUUUUUAGCCUAAACAUUUAUAGCAGUUUACCACUGACAGGAGUGGAACCCUUUGUGGGAGUCUGCUGUCACAACCCCACAGGUAGAUCGAGGCACAUGAGACCCUGUUUAAAUGAUCUAAGGCACCUAGUCUGAAGCAAAUGGCACAAGUACUUUAAGGGAAUGUCCAACUCCCUUUUGGUCAUUAAACAGAUGGUAAUCUGGGUGCAUAGUGAGGCUCUCAGAAGUUGUCCUGAGACCCUGAAUUAGGAUGUGAGCUGUGGCUCUUGUCUUGUCUCUGCUGUUUCACAAUCAUCAGUCCUACCAGUAACUCUUUUUGCCUCCAUUUGUGAAAAUACACUGAUUUUUAAGUUAGGACAGGUUACUCGCAGGGAUCCUCCAGCAGCAGGAGGUGAAUCUAUGCCAUGACGUGCUCAUUUGUGCACAAAGAACAGCAGAUAAACCUCACCGACAGAUUCCAUAGGUGUUUUAUGUUAAUUCAUGUCCUGUGGUCUUCUACAAAUGUCUUAUUAAUUCAUUUCAGAAGAUGAAAGCUGAAUUAUUUUACCUCUGACCAGUUUAUAACUACAGCUCUCAGUUUUGCUAAAUGUGCCAUGAUAUGUGUUAGAGUGACAUUACUGCACAGACAUGAAUGUUUAAAAUAAGUGAAAGCAGACUCUCGAAUCAUUAAAUCAGAGAUUAUGCACGUUUUGAACCCACCUGUGUAGGCACAUCUUAACAAUCUGCGUAAUGCUCCUAUAGAUAGCAGGGAGAGCAGCUAGUCUACAGUGUAGCCGCUCUCUGCUCAUCAAGACAGCAAUGCGCCAUCACCGCGCCUGACCACACGUCAUUUUAAGACCAACAUGCCUAGAGGCGCACAAGUGGGCCCAAGUACAUUUGCUAUCCACACAACAUGAAGGCGCUGGGCAUUUAAAACUGCGUUGGUCUGAGACAGCAGUGACACGUGUGCUGUGUGCCGGCCUGCGUCAGAUUAGAGCCCAUCGUGUGUUUGUAUCAUCCUUUGUAUGAUAACCUCCCAUUUGCCGGAUGGGCUUUAAGCUUUCAGCAUUGAAACACACACAGAUGUUAAAGGAUGACUUCUUUGGUUGUGGCAGGGUUUCUAUUUUGGUCAUAGUUCAUUGAGUGUGGAUGUUCACAGUCUGAAUGUUGGUGGAUCAACAGCUGAAUUCUCUUAAAGGAUAAUUCCAGUUUAUUCCAACCUGGACCUUAUUUUCAUACCUUUGGCAAUCAAUCUAUGAUCUAUGCUAGCAAUUUUUCAAUUUAAUUCUCAAAUUGGUUGCUGCAAUUUUUGACCGCAGCCACAAACAUGCAAGGGGUCAGAACACACUUCAUUCAGUCAUGCUGUCACCAAGCAGCCCGUUCUCAGUCCCAAUACAUCAAAUACAGCAACCUGGUCAGCAGCCUUAGGCAUCAAGGUUUGAAGUAGUUACCCUUGUAGCUUCAGAGUGAGAAAGUCCAUGUAAGGAGGUGGAUGCGUGUUUAAAUGGGUUUUUAAAAAUAUAUGUUCCCUCCAGAGACUGGAGUUUGCAUCUUGUAUGUGACACGAGUGAUUUGUUUUAAUUUUUGUAACAUAAGCAUGUAAGUGAUGUCAUGCACAUUAAGUCAGUAGUGUCACAAACAUAACGUUAUGUGUGUUACAUCACUUACAGUACGUAACUAUGUUAAUCAUUUAAACCCAAAAAAUGAUAUUUCCCCAACCUAACCAGGUACUUUAUUUUGCCUAACCCUUUUUACAAGAAGCUAACCACACUGCAUUCAGUGCGCUUACUUUUGAAAGUGUAGCGUGCUGAACAUUUUAAAUAACACAUUGUUGCAAACUUAACCACAGAGCCGUUAUUUUGAAAGUCUAACCGGAGGUCACAUAACGUACAUAACAUUAGUGUUUAACUUUGAAGCUUAAGGCCACUGACCAAGCUGCUGAAUUUGACAAAUUAGAAGGGAGAAUGUAUUGCCACAAACUGACUGCGAUGCAGAUUAUGGACAAAAUUAAGUGGUUUAUUUCUCAGUGUUAGCUUUAGGAAACCUGUCCUUUAAAACCUGUCUCCUCAAAUGUUCCCACCAACCUGAGUAGUUUUACAGAUACAAAUAUUAAUGUCAAAUAUAAGAAUAAUCAAAUACCAAAUCUUUGUUAUUUACUUCUUUAAGAUUCCCCAGCUGCAGACAAACUGUGACAGUAUGGUGAUGGUAACUGAAUGGUUAGGACAAAUAUGAACUGCUUGUCUUAUCAGGGCUUUAAACAAAAAAACAACAAAACCAGACAGGACACAAUAGUAGCAGUGUGCUCUUUCCUCAUGGCUGAAUAUUGUGCCUUUACCAAGAAUCUCAAUAUUUUCACAGGGUUUAACUUAUCUUCUAUCUAGUGAGUAGAAUUUAAAACAAAUCAUCUUGUACUUUUUUUAGAUUAAGAAGAACAAGGAGAACCAGAAACAGAAGUGGACUCUUUACAAUCUCUUCUGAGGCUCUAAAGUACCAUUAUCGAAGCAUAGAGUAUAGUAAGACAUUCCAGCAUUACGAUGACAAUCUUUUGAAUUCAAUGCUGAAAAAAAUCUCCUGCGAGGCAGGUUUCCAUGCUGUCAGUGCUGCUGUUUCUGGGCGCAGCAGUGCGGACGAACAGGAGGUGAAAAAAUAAAGAAUAGAGAAAAAAAAAAAAAUAACGUGGCUUUCUUCACAACAAAGGACCCAGAGCAGAUGGACACAUGUUUUCUGUGGAGGGACGAGCUAAUGGACGUCCCGAACAACUGGUCUGCCCGCAGGCUGUGGAGGGGGAGGACAUGUUUUGGACUCUUAUUGUGUAAAAUUACUGUACAAUUUUCUCUCAUGCUCUAUAUGUGCUCUCAAGGGGAAUGGGGUGUGGGUGUGUUCGCGUGUGUGUGUGUGUGCGUGUGUGUGUGUCUCUCUGCUUGUUCACAGGCCAACAUAAAGACACUGAGCAGGAAUGGUCUUUGUGUUUGUGUGUACGUUCGCGUGGCUGUCACGGAGAGAGCGAGCGACGGAGUGAGAGGGAGCAUAUGGAUGCAUGUGAAAGGAAGAAAAAACACAAAAUAUUUAUUUGUGUCAACUUAUAGAGACUUCAAAGAAUAGAGUUUAAAUAAAAUGCUGACAUCUAUACCAUAUAUAGUGUAUUUUUGCCGGCGUAUCAGAACAUAUGUAUCGGAUUAUCUAAGUAUGUUUUAUUUUGUUUUGUUAUUUUUCUUUCUCAAAACCAAUAAACACACUGAAGAUGGCCAAUGGGUUGAUAAUAGGAGCCUUACAAAGUGGCGUGGCCCCACAGGCUCCCUACCACAUGACAAUAUGAACCUCAUCAAGACAACAUUAAAUGCAGAGGUAAUACCAAGCUAAUCUGUGUACAAGGACAUGAAAACAAUCUACGCAGCCAGUCCAAUUUUAAUAUGCCAUUCAAUAUGUGCUCAAGUUAUUGGUACAUCAUAUGCAACCACAUUUUGCAAUGUAUAUUUCUGCAAACCAUGAAUAUGUUGAACUAUACAUUUCUUUUUGAUUCAGCUUUAGGCCUUCUUCAGUCAUAUUCUCUGUUUGUUGUGACAACGCUGUGCUGUUGGUCUGGUUAGGUUUGGGACACAAUCACAAUUCAGUUAGGGUUUGGGAAAGAUCACGUUUUGGCUUAAAGCGAAACUCUCGCCAAAAUGCAACCUGGGCAUUUUUUUGUGAAUGUAAUCGAGUCAAACCUUUGUGUACAUGCAUAAUUACGAAGGAAGAGGCACAUUUGAGGUUUACCCCAUUUUUGUUUUCGGGUCAAACUCAUUUUCAAUGGGAAUGCUAUGGGCACUUUUACGCUAGCAUCAAAAUCGCUAUUUUUAAAACACUAAGAAGGCUCAAGAGGGCUCACGUUAGCAGUUACUUGUUCCGCUAGCCGCCAUCCUGCCAGCUGAGAAGUAUCGAUCUCCAAAUGCAAUGUAACAUGGCGGACAGUUAAGGUGGAACACUACUUUCUUCCGGCAACAACGCGACGCGAUAUCUCACGUGACUUUUGCGGCUUUUUAUUUUAGUAUUGUUUCUUUUAUGAGGCUCUUUUUUCAACUUCAAGGUCAAUAUUGUUUUUCGCUAACGACAAAACAACAAAUUAUCCAUGCAAUUAC